AUGAGUAGAAAUCAGCUUCUGGAGUCUUCGCAGGUUGAGGAAAUUGAUAUGUGGGAAAUACUAAAAAACUCUUCAAAUGUGCUCCGAGACUACUACGAUAUGGGCAAUUUUAAGAUUUCGGGCAACAAGGAGAAGCUGGUGGCUCUCACGGGAAUGUCCGAUCGGCAGAUCGAGCUUCACCUCCAAAAGUACCGCCGUGAGGACAAGAAAAACGGCGUCAUCAUCCCAAAAUCCGUGUACACCCCGGAGCAACACGCUGUGCUCCGCGAAGGCUUUGAGCACUGCUCCUGGCUUUCAAAAUCCACGUUGAACAAGCUGGCCAGCGAGUCAGGGCUCACCAGAACUCAGGUUUCCACGUGGUUCAGCAAGGAAAGACGAGUGAGAGCCGGGAAAAAAUCGAAAAGAUCGAAAAAAAUUGUGAAAACCGAAACGCCGGCAUUUGUCUUGUCCUACCAACCUUUGGAGCAAUUUUUGCAAAAGCAGGCCGGAGAGAAAACAAGACAAUUAGUGUAUUUUUCGAUUGAAAAUAUACUUUCUCAGAAUUUUCCGAGGAAAAAUUAAAAAUGUUUUUAUCUUAUUAAAAAAAAAAAAAUUUUUUGUCGCUUCGUUUAUUUUAAUAAAAUUGAAAAA